AUGGCGGCUUCUUCUUCGAGAGGAAGAAGCAGUUCACCAUUCCACCAUCGCAAGCCGUCGAGUCCUUUUUCGUCAUCCUCGUCGUCAUCGUCUUACAAGCAGCUCAUUCCUCGCUCUGGCUCAUCUUCUGGAACCACGCCAUUCUACGGAGGCUCUGGAAAAGGUCACGGUUCCAGAUCCUUCACUCCUAGUCGGACCAAGUCCGACUCGAUGUAUCACCGAGGAGGUUACGGAGGCCGUUCUCCUGUCAUUUAUCCGUCCACCGACGAGGUGAUUGAAGAAGCGGUUGAUAGUAUCCCAAAGUCGGGAGGAGGAGAUAGCAUUUCCGUAACGAUUCGGUUUAGGCCUUUGAGUGAACGAGAGUAUCAGAGAGGAGAUGAGAUUGCUUGGUAUGCUGAUGGCGGUAAACUCGUACGUAAUGAGUACAAUCCGGUGACUUCAUAUGCCUUUGACAGAGUUUUUGGAUCAUCUGCUGCGACUCAGGAAGUGUAUGAAGUAGCUGCCAGGCCUGUUGUGAAGGCUGCUAUGGAAGGGGUAAACGGAACUGUAUUUGCCUAUGGAGUGACAAGUAGUGGGAAAACACAUACAAUGCAUGGUGAUUGUAACUCUCCGGGAAUAAUACCAUUGGCAAUAAAGGACGUUUUCAGCAUUAUUCAGGAUAUGCCAGGAAGGGAGUUUUUGCUGAGGGUGUCGUAUCUUGAGAUAUAUAAUGAGGUGAUCAAUGAUUUGCUUGAUCCAACAGGACAAAAUCUUCGUGUUCGAGAAGAUGCACAGGGUACAUAUGUUGAAGGCGUAAAGGAAGAAGUCGUGUUAUCUCCUGGGCAUGCCCUUUCUUUUAUUGCUUCUGGUGAAGAGCACCGGCAUGUUGGUUCAAAUAAUUUUAAUCUGUUUAGCAGCCGUAGUCACACAAUCUUUACCCUGAUGAUUGAAAGUAGCGCCCAUGGCGAUGAGUAUGACGGAGUGACAUUCUCUCAACUUAAUCUAAUUGAUCUUGCGGGAUCAGAGAGUUCAAAAGCUGAAACAACUGGACUGAGGAGAAAGGAAGGAUCUUACAUAAACAAAAGUCUUCUAACCCUUGGAACUGUUAUUGGUAAGCUAAGUGAGGGGAAGGCAUCUCAUGUUCCAUAUAGAGAUUCCAAGCUUACCCGCCUUCUACAGUCAUCAUUGAGUGGCAAUGGACAUGUUUCACUUAUCUGUACCAUUACUCCGGCAUCUAGUAACAUGGAGGAGACCCACAAUACAUUAAAAUUUGCAAGCAGGGCAAAACGUGUUGAAAUUUAUGCCUCUCGGAAUAAGAUAAUUGAUGAGAAGUCUUUAAUUAAAAAGUACCAAAGAGAAAUAUCCGUCCUCAAACAAGAGCUUGAUCAACUUAAGAGAGGGAUGCUUGUCAAUCCAGAGGAGAUAAUGACCUUAAAACAAAAGCUAGAAGAAGGACAAGUGAAGAUGCAAUCACGUUUGGAGGAAGAGGAAGAAGCCAAGGCGGCUCUAAUGAGCAGAAUUCAAAGGCUAACAAAGCUAAUACUUGUUUCCUCCAAAAAUAAAGUCGCUGGGCUGACUGAUGUAUCUGAUCAUCAACGGGAUCUUUCUGCUAAUGCGGAUGAUAAUGGUUCCCUGCUCUUGCGAAGUGACAAUCUAGUUGAGACUCCAUCAGAAGUAUCUUAUGAACUCAAACACAGAAGAAAUUCCAGCAAUUUAUCAGCAACAGGUAGCACUAUCAUGGAAUCAACUCAUGCGGGUGAAAUUGUCAAUGGUUCUUCUGGUGGUGCAAAGCUGCUGGCGGGUGGAAUUUCAUUAGAUCAGAUGGACCUACUAGUGGAGCAAGUUAAGAUGCUUGCAGGAGAGAUAGCAUUUGGUACAAGUACUAUGAAACGCUUGAUGGAGCAGUCAGCAGAUAAUCCUCAGAGCUCUAAAACUCAAAUAGAUAACUUGCAACUUGAAAUUGAAGAAAAGAGAAGGCAAAUGAGGGUCUUGGAGAAACAGAUUAUUGAAAGUAAUCAAGCUUCAAUUUCUAGUACAUCAUUGGUUGAUAUGCAGCAGGCAAUGAUGAGAUUGAUGACCCAAUGUGAUGAAAAAGAUUUUGAGCUAGAGAUCAAGUCAGCAGACAACCGCAUCCUACAGGAACAGCUGCAAAAUAAGUGUUCUGAAAAUAAGGAACUGCAGGAGAGAAUAACAUUGCUUGAACAACAACUAGCUGCGGCCUGUAGUGAGAAACCAUUGCUAUCUUCUAAACAGCAAGGAUCCAAAGAAUACAUUGACGAGCUACAGAUGAAAAUUCAAAUUCAGGUGAUGGAGAACGAAAAAUUAAAGCUAGAACAUGUUCAGGUUUUAGAGGAGAAGAGUGGAUUAUGUGUGCAGAAUCAGAAACUGUCGGAGGAAGCUUCUUACGCCAAGGAAUUGGCUUCUGCCGCUGCUGUUGAACUAAAGAAUUUGGCAGGUGAGGUCACCAAACUUUCACUACAGAACGCAAAACUCGAAAAGGAAUUGGUAGCUGCUCGUGAGUUGGUGAACUCAGGUGGUAACCGCAAGUAUGGUGAUCGGAAAGGAAGACACUCAGAUCAAGUGAAUGGUUUCAACAAUGUCUUCCACUCUGAAGAUCUGAGAAGAGAGUUGCAGGCCAGGAAACAGCAGGAGGCAAGCCUUGAAGCUGCCUUAGCUGAGAAAGAAAUGAUAGAAGAUGAAUACCAGAAAAAAUUUGAUGAGGCAAAGAAAAGGGAAUCGGCUUUGGAAAACGAUUUGGCAAACAUGUGGGUUCUUGUUGCUCAACUGAAAAAAGAGGCAGCAGGGGGACGAGCAGUUCCUGAAACAAACAUUAUUGGAAGACGUACUACUGUUAACCACACCAAUUCAGUUCUAAAAGAGCGGCAAGUUUUAAGUGUUCCACAGAUAGCUCACGACAUGCCAAAGGAAGAUCCCCAUGUUGCUCGUUUGAAGGCCCGAAUGCAAGAGAUGAAGGAGAAGGAGGUGAAUGGGGAUGCAAAUUUACAUGUAUGUAAAGUAUGUUUUGAGUCACCGACUGCUGCAAUGCUUCUCCCUUGCCGACAUUUUAGUCUGUGUAAAUCCUGUUCUCUUGCAUGUUCCGAGUGUCCGAUCUGCCGGACCAAGAUCGCAGAUAGAAUUUUUGCUUUCACUUCUUGAUAUUAAAAAGGAGAUUGAUGAAUGGUGGUAGGUGUCAAUUCUUUGAUGGUGUAUGUAGGUGGUGUGUUGAAAAGGUAUGGUUAGUAAAAUAAGACAAGACUUUUACAUGAUAAUUGGCAAUUUGGCAAUUGGCAUCAUCCCAAAAUGGGGUGCCCAAUGAUUUGGUAUUUUAAUAAACAUAUGUGUAAAGGACUGGGCAGAAAGUGAGGGAAGAGAUUAAAGAGGAAUAAUAACCAAUCUAUCCUUUUGACGUUACCC